AUGAGGGACCUGAGCCCUGCCCGGCCUUGCCUCAGUCAGGGACCUGCACCUGCUACCAGUCUCACCAUCAUGUUCUGGCCACGCAUUCUCAGCCUUCUCGUCAUAUGGUGCACAGGUCUGAACUCCCAGCAAGUGAUAUCUCAGCCACCCUCAGCAUCUGUUUCACCUGGGAGCACAGUGAAGUUCUCCUGUGUCAUGAGCAGUGGGCUCAGCAUCAGUAGCUAUCAUGUGUCCUGGUACCAGCAGAAGCCAGGGAAUCCUCCAAGAUACCUCUUACGCUAUUAUUCAGAUUCCAACAAACACCAAGGCUCUGGAGUUCCUUCUCGAUUUUCCGGUUCCAAAGAUACCUCCAGCAACACCUGCUAUUUAAAUGUUGCAGGAGCCUCGGCUGAAGACGAGGCUGUUUAUUACUGUGCAACCUGGCACAGCAGUGCUUGGCACAGUGACGCAGUCAGAUGGGGAAACCAGACAAAAACCUCUUAUGUUCCCCAAGGAGAGCUGAACUGCACACAUUUAUAA